UGUUUUCUUUCCCGCAGUGGUUGACAGCUGAACUAGUUCGACGACGGUAGAAAAAGCGGAAAAUCGGAAAAAUCAAUCUGCUUCCUUUCGGAGGAAAUAUAAAACGCAUUUUCACAUUCGGAGUGUUUUGAAGUUGUGGAAAAUUGUGUCCAGCUGGUGCGCAAAUGAACAAAGAACAGUAAAUAUCGGCGCGUGUGAAGUGAAGCCAGCAGAAUGGCCGUAGUGAUCGAAACGACCAUCGGCGACAUCACGGUGGACCUGUACCUGAAGGAACGUCCCCGUGCGACCCUGAACUUUCUGAAGCUGUGCAAGCUGAAGUACUACAACUUUAAUCUUUUCCACACGGUUCAACAUGGAUUUAUUGCUCAGGCGGGCGAUCCGGCUGGUUCCGGCGAGGGGGGAUCCUCGAUUUGGGGUGUGUUGGAGGGGAAGCACAAGCGGUACUUCGAGGGCGAGGCGGUGCCGAAAAUCAAACACGGCGAACCCGGACUGCUGUCGAUGGUGUGCGCCGGAGAGGGGCUGAUUGGAUCGCAGUUUUUCUUCACGCUGGGGCCGGAUUUGGCGUCGCUGGACGGGGGCGGUCAUGUUGUGAUUGGAGAAGUUACUGAGGGGCAUGAAGUGCUACGGAAGUUGAACGAGGCGAUCUGUGACGAGAAGCAUCGGCCAUAUAAGGAUAUUCGGGUGACGCACACCGUGGUACUGGAGGAUCCCUUCGAUGAUCCGAGAGGGUUCCGUGAGCCAAGUAGGUCCCCGUCGCCAUCGGCGGAGCGACUGGCUGGUGGGAGGAUUGCUGCUGAUGAGGAGAUCGACGAUACCGAGGGGAAAACGGCGGAGGAAAUUGCCGAAAUGCUGGCCGAGAAGGAAGCCAAGGCCAGGGCGACGAUUUUAGAGAUUGUCGGGGACAUUCCGGAUGCAGAAAUUGCUCCACCGGAGAAUGUUUUGUUUGUUUGCAAGCUCAACCCGGUGACGACGGAUGACGAUUUGCAGAUUAUCUUCAGCCGGUUCGGGAAGAUCAAGGGAUGUGAGGUGAUCCGAGAUAAGGUUUCCGGUGAUUCGCUGCAGUAUGCUUUCAUUGAAUUCGAGGACAAAAAAUCCUGCGAGAGUGCGUACUUCAAGAUGGACAAUGUGUUGAUCGACGAUCGCCGUAUUCAUGUGGACUUUUCUCAAUCGGUGGCCAAAAUUCGCUGGCGAGGCAAGGGUAGAGGGAUCGAGUACUUGGACGGAAGCGACAAGAAAUCGUUCAAGGAUAUCGAUUACAAAGACGUCCGGAAGGGUCGGAAGCGAGCCCCCAGCCGACUGAGGAAGUCAUCCGGCUCGGAUUCAUCACGAUCACGAUCGCGGUCGCGAUCUCGCAGCCCAAGGCGUAGACGCAGUCCGGGAAGACUCCGGGGCGGUGGCCGACGAGGACGUUCGCCGUGGCGAAAAUCUGGAGGUGCCGGAGGCGGUGGCCGCCGGUCCCGCGACAAAAGGAUCCAGCUAGCGGAGACUAAUUCCGCUUAUCACAUGGAACGCAACGGACGGGACAUCCGAGUCGUUCAAGGGAAGCUGGAUUACAAGAACCGUCCCUAUCCGACCAGUUUCAUAAAACGUAACCGGGGAGCUGGUCGGCUUGGUGGCGGUGGCAGAGGUGGAGACCGUCGAUCACGAUCACCCCAACGAGGUCGUCAAUCGCGUCGAUCGCGAUCUCGUGAUCGUCGUCGAUCUUCUCGCUCGCGAUCACGUUCUCGCAGUCCAAGUUAUCACCGCAAGAGAUCCGCCGACUCCGGUGAUCGUCAUCCGGGUCGUCGCGAUCGAAGCCCAAUCGAUCGGCGUCGAUCUCCGCAUCGGCGUAGAUCCGGAUCACCGUCAGAUCGCAGCCGAAAUCGCCGUGAUGACUCAAGAAGCCCACCACCGCCGGCUCGCCGGAAUUCGUCUCCAGCCAAGGCCAAAACAGCAGUACCCAGCGAAAGGCACAACAAGAAGGACACUAAAAAGAGAGGGCGUCACUCUUCUUCGGAUUCUUCCCGUUCCAGAUCACCAAAGGGCCGCUACUCCUCCGAAGAACGCUCCAAAAAGAAAAGCAAGAAGAAGUCCUCCAGCAAGAAAAAGUCCAAGAAAAGCAAGAAAUAUUCGUCGGACAGCGACAGCAGCGCUUCCGGUUCCAGCGACGACGAUCGUAAGAAGAAGAAGAAGAACAAGAGCAAGAAGAAGAAGAAAUAAUUAUUUCAAACAGAAGUUUUGAAAUUGAAACAUUAGUUCUAAGCAGGGCAUGAGGACUCUAACCAUACGAACUUGGCUACACCAAGCCGAGCCUUUUCAAUGAUUGACCUUUAACAUUGUUUGAAUAUUGGAUGUAUAAUGAAGAAAAAUUGUGCAAAAUAA